UCAGUGCAAGUUCAGUUCUCGACGCUAGCUGACGAAGCAUUCAAGUCUUCGACUCAAAGCCAAACAAUGACAGCAAACAAAAGCGAAAUCGAGGAGCUGUACAAGUUCAUCUAUCCGCUUGCUGUAAGAGCAGGUGAAAUACUGUUCGAGGGCUAUCAGAAUGCGGGCAAAAAGUUUACGCUGAAGCGUAACGAGUUCCACAACUUCCACAACGUAGUCACCGACUAUGACAAUGAAAUAGAAGAGUUUCUGAUGAGCAGCAUACUGUCCCGCUAUCCGGAGCACAAGUUCAUUGGCGAGGAGGAUACGCACAAGAACAACAAUAUAACGAAAGAGCUAACAGACGCGCCCACCUGGAUCAUAGAUCCCAUCGAUGGGACCUCCAAUUUCAUUAAACAAAUCCCACACGUGUCCGUUUCCAUUGGCCUCUCAAUUAAUAAGCAAAUCGUGCUGGCAGUUGUGAAUAAUCCAGCCCAGGGCAAGCUCUACACAGCGAAGCUGGGACAAGGCGCCUUCUGCAAUGGUGAGCCCAUUCGAGUGAGCAACUGUGAGCGUCUGAACGAUGCUAAUGUGGCCUAUGAGGUGUGUUUGCUGCACGAGCCAACGAUAAGGAACAAGCACAUCAAACGCAUCUACUACGUGGGCUCACAGGCGAGACGCUUGAUUGGCUAUUCGGCUGUGGUGGAUUCCCUCUGCAUGGUCGCCGCCGGCAACUUGGACGCCUUUCACAUUGAGGAUAUGUACCCCUGGGACUGUGCUGCUGGCUAUUUGCUGAUACGCGAAGCCGGCGGCGUUGUAACCCAUCCCUAUGGUGGGCCCUUUGACAUUAUGAAGCCAGAUCUGAUUUGUGCUGGCACAGAAGCACUGAGAUUGCAAAUUGAAACUCUUAUACGCAAGGCAGAUCAAGCCAAGUCUGUGGGAGGUGAAGACGAUAUUUGAAUAUAAACUUAAUGAAUGAGCCAAUAAAUGCA